AUGGCCAUUCCACAACGUCCUAGACCUGAUCUCGAGGAACUCAGGCAAUUCUACGUGGGCAAAGAUGUCAGAACAGUGCCUAAACCGGCAGUUGUGCUGGACUCUGCCAAGAUACGAAGGCACUGUCAGUCAAUGCUAGAUGCUGUCAAGGCCUUGGGCGUGGACUUCAGAGCCCAUGUGAAAACGCAUAAGACUGAGCAGAUUGCCCGUCUGCAGGUCGGAGACAAAACGCAAGAUGCCAACUUUAUUGUCUCAACUGUGUCAGAGAUUGAGCAUCUUCUUCCUACAUUGAAGGCACUCCAGCAAGACAGCCGCCAUACCAAUGUUUUGUACGGGGUACCUCUAUUGAGCUCUCAGGUUUCCCGUCUCGCAAAUCUCAACAGGGAACUUGGCCCCGGUAGCAUCUCUGUCAUGAUUGAUCAUCCUUCGCACAUCGAGUCUCUUAUGCGACUUUACCAAUUGAGUAAACUUCCUGUGGGCGUCUUCCUCAAAAUCGAUACCGGCUAUCAUCGUGCAGGUCUUCCUGUAUCCUUCCUCGACAAGGACGGCCUGCUAGACAAACUUAACCAACUAGAAGACGAGAACAAAGCAAGACUGGUGGGAAUUUAUUCCCACAGCAGUUUGAGUUACCAAGAUUCGAGUGCUGACCAGGCAAUGAACAACUUGGCUGCCGAAAUUGAAGGCUGCAUUGAAGCUUUCAACGCGCACGAGAAGCUUCAUUUCAGCAGAAGAGAGAUGGUUAUCAGUGUUGGCGCAUCUCCGCAGGUUACUUCGGUCGAAAACCUGACCACUGGUUUCUACUCACCAAGUAGUAACUAA